AUGGAUCUGCCCGCCUCAGAGCUCAUGGAUCUGCCCAACUCAGAGCUCAUGGAUCUGCCCGCCUCAGAGCUCAUGGAUCUGCCCGCCUCAGAGCUCAUGGAUCUGCCCGCCUCAGAGCUCAUGGAUCUGCCCACCUCAGAGCUCAUGGAUCUGCCCGCCUCAGAGCUCAUGGAUCUGCCCACCUCAGAGCUCAUGGAUCUGCCCGCCUCAGAGCUCAUGGAUCUGCCCGCCUCAGAGCUCAUGGAUCUGCCCACCUCAGAGCUCAUGGAUCUGCCCGCCUCAGAGCUCAUGGAUCUGCCCGCCUCAGAGCUCAUGGAUCUGCCCGCCUCAGAGCUCAUGGAUCUGCCCGCCUCAGAGCUCAUGGAUCUGCCCGCCUCAGAGCUCAUGGAUCUGCCCGCCUCAGAGCUCAUGGAUCUGCCCACCUCAGAGCUCAUGGAUCUGCCCAUCUCAGAGCUCAUGGAUCUGCCCGCCUCAGAGCUCAUGGAUCUGCCCGCCUCAGAGCUCAUGGAUCUGCCCGCCUCAGAGCUCAUGGAUCUGCCCGCCUCAGAGCUCAUGGAUCUGCCCAACUCAGAGCUCAUGGAUCUGCCCGCCUCAGAGCUCAUGGAUCUGCCCGCCUCAGAGCUCAUGGAUCUGCCCAUCUCAGAGCUCAUGGAUCUGCCCGCCUCAGAGCUCAUGGAUCUGCCCACCUCAGAGCUCAUGGAUCUGCCCGCCUCAGAGCUCAUGGAUCUGCCCGCCUCAGAGCUCAUGGAUCUGCCCGCCUCAGAGCUCAUGGAUCUGCCCGCCUCAGAGCUCAUGGAUCUGCCCGCCUCAGAGCUCAUGGAUCUGCCCGCCUCAGAGCUCAUGGAUCUGCCCGCCUCAGAGCUCAUGGAUCUGCCCGCCUCAGAGCUCAUGGAUCUGCCCGCCUCAGAGCUCAUGGAUCUGCCCGCCUCAGAGCUCAUGGAUCUGCCCGCCUCAGAGCUCAUGGAUCUGCCCGCCUCAGAGCUCAUGGAUCUGCCCGCCUCAGAGCUCAUGGAUCUGCCCGCCUCAGAGCUCAUGGAUCUGCCCUCAGAGCUCAUGGAUCUCAGAGCUCAUGGAUCUGCCCGCCUCAGAGCUCAUGGAUCUGCCCGCCUCAGAGCUCAUGGAUCUGCCCUCAGAGCUCAUGGAUCUGCCCGCCUCAGAGCUCAUGGAUCUGCCCGCCUCAGAGCUCAUGGAUCUGCCCGCCUCAGAGCUCAUGGAUCUGCCCGCCUCAGAGCUCAUGGAUCUGCCCGCCUCAGAGCUCAUGGAUCUGCCCGCCUCAGAGCUCAUGGAUCUGCCCGCCUCAGAGCUCAUGGAUCUGCCCGCCUCAGAGCUCAUGGAUCUGCCCGCCUCAGAGCUCAUGGAUCUGCCCCGCCUCAGAGCUCAUGGAUCUGCCCAUCUCAGAGCUCAUGGAUCUGCCCGCCUCAGAGCUCAUGGAUCUGCCCACCUCAGAGCUCAUGGAUCUGCCCGCCUCAGAGCUCAUGGAUCUGCCCGCCUCAGAGCUCAUGGAUCUGCCCGCCUCAGAGCUCAUGGAUCUGCCCGCCUCAGAGCUCAUGGAUCUGCCCGCCUCAGAGCUCAUAG